AUGACCAAACCACUGUCCCAUUAUUUCAUAUAUACUGGCCACAAUUCCUACCUAACGGGAAACCAACUCAGCAGUGAUGUCCCGAUUAUAAACUCUUUGAAAAGGGUUGUAAGAGUGAUAGAGCUUGACAAAUGGCCACAUUCUACUAAAGAUAAUGUUGAUGUUCUACAUGGAAGAAUACGGAGGCUGUGUUGCGGCAAGGUUCCGGAAAUUGAGCGUGAUAUGUGUUUGAAAGAAUUCUUGCUCUUAAGAAUUGCAUCCAUAAUACAGUAUGAGACUCGAAUUUUUCAAGAAAACGAUUUUGAUGGAAAUCGUGUUAAACCAGUGGAAAUGGAUACAUCAGAACUUCCAGCGGAGUUGGAUGAGGAGGACAACAAUGAUGAUGUAGAAGAUGCUGCAAAAGAGGUCGAAGAUGAGGACGCUGUCGAAGAGGGGGAGGAUGAGUUGAAGUAG